AUGUCCGGCGUAAAAACCCGCCUCUCUAGCCUCCUCGGCCACUUCCAACAACCGCUUGACGCCAACAGCACAGCUGCGCCGGCCUCGGUAAACCGUCCAGGACAUAAUGUUAAUUUCCACACGCUAUCGCCGACGUUUUUCCUGCCGAGAGCUGCGGCCAUAGAGCCAGAAGCCGAGGCAAUCUACCACAUCACCGCCAAUAACCAAGUGCUGCGCAGAACGUACCUAGAGACGGCGGAUCGAGCUAGGGGACUUGCAUACUACUUUAAGAAGCAUGGGUAUAAGAAGGUUGGGAUUCUGUGUCCCAAUACACCUGCGUUUCUGGAGUCGAUUUUCGGGAUUGCCGCUGCGGGGGCUGUCAAUGUUGCUGUGAAUUAUCGACUCAAGGAGGACGAUAUCGCUUAUAUAUUUACGCACUCUGACGCCGAAGUUAUUAUCGCCGACCAAGAGUAUUUGCCGCUGUUACAUUCGUUUAGAUCGUCGAAGCCGAAUAUUCCGAUUAUUGUGGACACGGAUACAGAUGCGACUGAGGGACAACUAGCUGGGCCGUUUGACGAAGCUGUUCUCGAAGGAUUGAACUAUGAUCGCGACACAGGCGCAAAUGGUUGGAGUGCUCUUGAGAGCCAGGCGGCGUCUGAGGAUGAUAUAGUUGCGCUAGCAUACACUAGUGGAACAACAGCACGACCAAAGGGUGUUGAAUAUACCCAUCGUGGUUGUUACCUAGCUGCUAUGGGCAAUAUCAUUGAAUCCGGGCUUAACUAUCAAGGCCGGCGCUGCGGAUAUCUGUGGAUCCUGCCGAUGUUCCAUGCUAUGGGUUGGACGUUCCCAUGGGCUGUUACGGCGGUCCGCGGGACUCACUACUGUUUACGGAAGAUUGACUACCCCCAGAUCUGGAGGCUACUGAAGGAAGAGAAUAUCACCCAUUUCAACGCGGCUCCGACGGUGAAUACGAUACUCUGUAACUCUCCCGAGGCUGAGAAACUAUCAGAGCCAGUGCAUGUCACUGUUGCAGCGAGCCCUCCGACACCGCAUUUGUUUGAACAAAUGACUGGCUUGAAUCUGCACCCCGUUCACGUCUACGGUAUGACGGAGACAUACGGCCCUAUAACUAAAGGAUACCAUAUGCCAUCCUGGGAGACUCUCCCGCGCAAAGAGAAGUUCGGGCGAAUGGCACGGCAAGGACAUGGCUUCCUGACCAGUCUCCCGGUGCGCGUGAUCAAGACAGAAGUGGCGGAGGGUACCGUCAUCGAUGUACAACGGGAUGGAAAGGAAAUCGGCGAGAUUGUUUUUAUCGGUAAUAUCUGCGCCAGGGGUUACUAUAAGGACGCCGAAGCUACGCGGAAACUAUUCGCUGGCGGUGUCCUCCAUUCAGGAGAUUUGGCUGUCUGGCAUCCCGAUGGGGCAAUUCAGAUCCUUGAUAGGGCUAAGGACAUUAUUAUUAGCGGAGGCGAGAACAUCUCGUCUGUUGCGCUCGAGUCGAUGUUGGUCACCCAUCCUGAUAUUCUAGAGGCUGGUGUUGUGGCUGUCCCCGAUAGCCACUGGGGGGAGCGACCAAAGGCCUUUGUCACUGCCAAAGAAGGAAGGCAACUGCAGGGUAAGGAUGUUGUUGAUUGGGCUAAGAACACUAGCGGAAUCAGCAAGUUCAUGGUCCCACGAGAAGUAGAGGUUGUCCCGGAGCUUCCAAAGACCAGCACAGGGAAGCUGAGGAAGAAUGUCCUCCGCGACUGGGCGAAGGGAGGAAGUCGGUCAUGA